GCAGACACUCCACACUCACUCCUACAACACUGCUGUUUCCGGGUGACGGGUGUGUGGGGGAGGGGUUCGAAAGUGAAAGUAAGAGACGCGCGGAACCAGAGGGUCCGAUUCCCGUCUGAUCUGAAGGCUGUUUUUCACUCCAAUAUUUCCAGUCUCUCCAGCUCCGAUCAUCCAGGCGGUGGUGGAACACACACACACACACACACACACACACGGGACUCACUGCUGUGGAUCAACACACUGACAUCGAACACAAUCUGAGUUCACAACUUUGGACCGGAACAACUGAGCUCCGACAUGGACCCGAGACUGAGGAGAGGAGCCUCGCUCACAGGUUUGGACAGAGAGGAGGAAGCUCCUCCCACUAAAGCCCCUCUGGGUGAGGACCAUGGCAGCCAGACCAGAGCUCAGAGAUCACUCACAUCAGACGCCGCUGGACGAGGACACAGACCAGGACCUGCUCCCAGCUGUCAGUCUCUGAAGAGUGACGCGUCUAUGGGAAGGAUGAUUGACUUCAGAGGAGGACAGGAGCAUCAGAGGAGGAGCAGGAUCCAUCAGGAGAAACCAGAAGAGCCUGAACUCAGCUGUCAGUCUCUGAAGAGUGACGCGUCUAUGGGAAGGAUGAUUGACUUCAGAGGAGGACAGGAGCAUCAGAGGAGGAGCAGGAUCCAUCAGGAGAAACCAGAAGAGUCUGAGCUCAGCUCUCAGUCUCUGAAGAGUGAUGUGUCUGUGAAGCCUCCUCUGAACUUCAAAGGUGGACAAGAGUCUUCAGGAGAGAGAGAGGAUCAGCAGCUCUCAGAUGUUCUCAGUCUCCAGUGUGUCCAGCAGCAUCAGACAGAUCUGGACUCCACACUGCAGCUGUUUGAGGAGACCGUCAUGACCCUGGUGAAGAAGGAGCUGAAGAGAGCCCAAAGGUUCCUCAGUCCAGAUGACCAGAAAAAACAGGAUGAUGAGGAAGAGGAGGAGUGUGAAGAGGAGCAGAUGAGGAGCAGCAGGGAAUCUCUCCUGCAGAUCUUCAUGAACAUUCUGAGGAGCAUGAAGGAGGAGAAGCUUGCUGAUGUUCUGUGGAGCAGAAGUAGCGCUGGAGUGUGUGCAGGGCGACUGAAGAGGAGCCUGCAGAAGAAGUUCCGCAGUGUGUCUGAGGGGGUCGCUAGAGCAGGAAACUCUGCCCCUCUGAAUCAGAUCUACACAGAGCUCUACAUCACUGAGGGGGGCACAGAGCAGGUCAACCAGGAGCACGAGGUCCGACAGAUCGAAGCAGCAACCAGGAAGCAGACCAGACCAGGAACUACCAUCAGACCAGAAGACCUCUUUAAAGCCUCACCUGACACAGACCCACCAAUCAGGAGCCUGCUGACGAAGGGCGUGGCUGGCAUUGGGAAGACCCUCCUGACACAGAAGCUGACUCUGGACUGGGCUGAAGACAAAGCCCACCACAACUUCCAGCUGGUGUUUCCUUUCACCUUCAGAGAGCUGAACCUGCUGAAAGAGAAGCAGUUGAGUUUGGUGGAACUUGUUCAUCUCUUCUUUCCUGAAACCAAAGACUCAGGACUCAGCAGCUUUGAAGGAGUCCAGGUUCUGUUCAUCUUGGACGGUCUGGACGAGUGUCGACUCCCUCUGGACUUCAACAGUCGGGUCCUGACAGCAGCUACAGAGUCCACCUCAGUAGACGUCCUGCUGACCAACCUCAUCAGGGGGAAGCUGCUUCCCUCAGCUCAGCUCUGGAUCACCACACGACCUGCAGCAGCCAAUCAGAUCCCUCCUGAGUGUGUGGACAUGGUGACAGAGAUCAGAGGGUUCACUGACCUCCAGAAGGAGGAGUACUUCAGGAAGAGGUUCAGAGAUGAGGAGCAGACCACCAUCAUGUCUCACAUCCGGAGCUCACGAAGCCUCUACAUCAUGUGUCACAUCCCCAUCUUCUGCUGGAUCACUGCCACAGUUCUGGAGAACAUGUUGAAGAGCAGAGAGACCGGAGAGCUGCCCAAGACCCUGACUGAGAUGUACAUCCACUUCCUGGUGGUUCAGGCCAAAGUCAAGAAGCUCAAGUACCAUGGAGGAGCUGGGACCGACCCAGUUUGGGAUCCUGAGAGCAGGAAGAUGAUGGAGUCUCUGGGAAAACUGGCUUUUGAGCAGCUGCAGAGAGGAAACUUGAUCUUCUAUGAAUCAGACCUCACAGAGUGUGGCAUCGACAUCACAGCUGCUGCACUUUACUCAGGAAUCUUCACACAGAUCUUCAGAGAGGAGAGAGGACUGUACCAGGAGAAGGUCUUCUGCUUCAUCCACCUGAGUCUUCAGGAGUUUCUGGCUGCUCUUCACGUCCACCUGAAGUUCUUCAACUCUGGAGUCAAUGCUCUCCAUUCACAACAAAAAUCCGAACAGUCAUGCAUCUUCAGAAAGAAACUUCAUCCAGGACAGUUCUACCAGUCAGCAACAAGUGUUGCUUUAGAAAGUCCAAAUGGACAUCUGGACUUGUUCCUGCGCUUCCUUCUGGGUCUUUCUCUGCAGACCAACCAGAGGCUCCUUCCAGGUUUGUUGACACAGACAGGAAGUAGCUCCUGGACCCAUCAGAACACAGCCAAGCUCAUCAAGAAGAAGAUAAGGGAGAAAGCGUCUCCAGAGAGAAUCAUCAAUCUGUUCCACUGUCUGAGUGAAGUGAAGGACACUUCUCUAGUGGAGCAGGUCCAACAGCAGCUGAGAUCAGGACGUCUCUCCACAGAUCAACUGUCUCCAGCUCAAUGGUCCACCCUGGCCUUCAUCUUACUGUCCUCAGAGGAAGAUCUGGACGUGUUUGACCUGAAGAAAUACUUUGCUCCAGAUAAACGUCUCAUUACGUUUGGCCAGAAGAAUUAUCCUCUUUCAGAGGAGGCUCUUGAGAGGCUGCUGCCGAUGGUCCAAGCUUCAAAGAAAGUUCUACUGAGCUGCUGUGGACUGUCAGAGAGAAGUGGUUCCCUUCUGUCCUCAGUCCUCAGCUCUCCGUCCUCUAGUCUGACACAACUGGACCUGAGCUUCAAUGAAGACCUGAAGGAUGCAGGAGUGGAGCUGCUGUCUGCUGGACUGAAGAGUCCACACUGUCACCUGGAGACUCUCAGACUGAGCUGCUGUGGACUGUCAGAGAGAAGUGGUUCCCUUCUGUCCUCAGUCCUCAGCUCUCCGUCCUCUAGUCUGACACAACUGGACCUGAGUAAGAACAUCAACCUGAAGGAUGCAGGAGUGGAGCUGCUGUCUGCUGGACUGAAGAGUCCACACUGUCACCUGGAGACUCUCAGACUGAGCUGCUGUGGACUGUCAGAGAGAAGUGGUUCCCUUCUGUCCUCAGUCCUCAGCUCUCCGUCCUCUAGUCUGACACAACUGGACCUGAGCUCCAACAGGGACCUGAAGGAUGCAGGAGUGGAGCUGCUGUCUGCUGGACUGAAGAGUCCACACUGUCACCUGGAGACUCUCAGUCUGUCAGGGUGCAUGAUGUCAGAGAGAGGCUGUGCUUCUCUGGCCUCAGCUCUGACCUCUAACCCCUCCCACCUGAGAGAGCUGGACCUGAGCUACAACUAUCCAGAAGGACCAGGACUGGAGCUGUUGUCUGUUGGACUGGAGAGUCCAGACUGGAGGCUGGAGACUCUCAGGCUGUACAACUGGGGACCAGGGUGGUUAUAGAUCUGACCAGAAGAAGUGUGAGUGUUUGAUUGAUCCAUGAGAACUGCUGGACUCUGUCAGCUUCUAGUGGAGCAGCUGUGAUGUUGGUGACAUCAUGUGAGCCUUGAAUCUGCUGCUGGAACUUGUCUUCAUCAAGUCCAGGUCACUGGCCAGAACACUGCUCACCAACAUGGUGUCCAGCAGAAGCUGGUUGUCCAGCAGCAGCUAGUGAGGAGCCUCCGUGCAGAUCUAGAAGCAGCACUGUUGACUUUCCUCAUCAUCACAUAUGGAGUCAUUCACUCUCUUCAGUCUUUGACUCCAGAGUCACAUGAGUUUGGAAGAUCAUCACCUUCUCACUGGAGUCUGAAGAUCUCAGUGUUCUUCCACCAUCAUCACCGCACCUGUCUUGCAAUCUGUCCCCUUAAGAUGGGACCAUCACUCCAAAAAUACUGCAUACAUGUUCACAAAUAAAGUGAUAUUGAUGGACAGAGAAAAUAACAAUACGGCCCAUAGAGAAAAAGCUCAGCGCUUAGAACAACGGCUUCACCAGACUCGGAUCAUCUACACAGCACAUUGCCCAGGUGUCAAAAUAAAGCGAGUCACAGAUCACAUCUUAUUUUAUUGGAAACGUCCUCAAUAGAAAGAAGAGCACUUUUUUUGAAGAUGGUGAAAAAGCAGGGGACAAGGAUCCUACUAUCUGUGCAUCAUAUGGGCCAUAUGGGUUUCUUUGUUGAAUCACGGUGAUAAAACAGCUGCUGUUCUAACAAACAACAGAUAUUGGUCACCACACUGGGCAGGGAUGUCCUCUUAGCCCUCUGUGGUUUGUUUUAGCCAUGGAGCCUCUUGCUCUGGCUCUGAGAUCAGACAAGUCCUUAACAGGUAAACAGAGAGGAGAUGAAGAAGACAAGUCUCCUUAUACGCCGAUGAUUUGCUCAUUUCUCUAUCACAAACACAGACAGCAAUUCCAAACAUUCUAGAUUUGGUAAAACUAUUUGGGGAAAUAUCAGGAUAUAAACUGAACCGCAAAAAUAAAUAAACAAAUAAAUUCUUUUUUUCAUUUUACUUUUAUUUCAUAUUUUUGUCAUGUGUAUAAUUUUUUCAUCAGUGAAAAUUCAAGAAAAAGAACAUUGAAAGAAAAUAAAUAAUAAUGAUGCUGUCGUGCAUCAGACACUUGACCAUUACAUGGUAAGUUGCCGUCUUGUCUCGCAGGAGGGUCUAAGUGUCCCAAAAUCAGAGGGAUAAAUUUAUAUGGCCUGUUCCAUUCAAUGGGUUUUGGGAUGACGUCAUCCAAAAGGACUCGAUGAGUGGACAACCCAGUGGUCCGCCUCUUGACAGCAAUGAUCGGCAUCGAUCGGUGUGCUAUGGAUGAUGAGUUCUUUGGAGGCUUGUAAGGGCGUAUUUGAUUCGAGCCGGUCAUGGACAGUGACAUGAUCCGUGCGCAAUGCAUUGUGGGAAGUUGAUGUGUCCAGAAUGUCUCCGACUUCAUCGCCACCAAAGAGAACCUGGAGAACAGAGCCAGGCGCCGCGCAGUUGCUUCUGAACUAACUGAUGAACUGCCUGAUGUGGUCUUUGUCGCUGCCCUAUUCCCUUCUUCGUCCCGAUUCCCUUCCAGAGAUCGUUUUCAUGAUGUCAUUUCCUGCCCACAUGCGUCACUGCACGAACGUUGUGCGCUUCAUCGAAUCGUCGAGAGAAGCAGGUUGUACUCCACAUCUGUCCGCUAUGAAGAUUAACCAUCCCAAAUUAAUCGGUUAUCACAUCCAACCUCCGACAUCCGUGAAACUGCUGGAGAUUAAUUGAAUGAGAAGAUGAGGCCCAUUCUAAAUGGUUCUCAGUUAAACUUGUAUGAGAAGAUUAAAAAGUGCGAUGCUCUACUGCACAGAUAUUUAACCUUUACUGAACAGGAGCAGUGAGACCAAAGGAGAGUAAGUCUGACUUCACAGCAAGACAGAGUCAAUGAGCAUCACGACCGGUCGUGGUGAAAGCGUUCUAAACACCACGCCUGGAACAGAGGACUUGGGUAAGAAUGUUCUCAAUAGCCUUGCGUCAAAAGCUCGAAGACAUGCUGAAUAUAUUAUCCAGAAGUUAUCCAAAAAUGGCGAUGGUUGGAAUAUGAAUGGUGAAUUUAUAUAUUCAGGAAAUGCUGUAAAAGGUUCUCACGUGAUUGAUAUAUUCAAGCACCUUUCCCUACCGGAUAAGGAAACAAGUUCUUCAUCACCUGAGGGAGUUUCUUGUCACUUUAUUAAAACUAAACAUCCCUCUUACACUGCUCCAGAAGCGAGGGCUCAAUAUCAGAGACUUAAAUCGGAUGCUAUCUUGCGACAGAAAAGCACAGCUGAGAGAGGGUCUCUCUCCCCGAAGGACCUUAAAAUAGCACCCCAGCGUCGCACGUCUCGUGUUAUGGUUGUCUUGUACACAAUUAUUGUCUUUUGUCCCAGACAAAAUAAGAUCAGUCACACAUUACAAUAGUCUUUUAAAUACAGAAGAGAACCGUUUUGCUGUUUCCACAGACAGUUUUCACAUCUUUUGAGACAUUGUUGACGUCUUUUCACAUAGGGUCGUUUUCGAUGGUAUCACGACUGUAUAGACUAUGUAGUUUUUCGAAAGACCCUCCAGCACGAUGACAGAGAUAGAAGACGCAAUGAUGACUGCAUACAAACGAUAGAGGGUGCUGUAGUUGACCCUUGUGGUACUUGAUGUCUCGUGAAUGUUUCUCGAGAAACUUCAAAAUAUUUUCAGGGUAAUGAGAAAAGUAGGGCCAUAGUCCAAAUGAGUCAAAGAAAGUUGCUCGAUGGAAAGUUGUGUCAUUGGCAGCGUGAAUAAAUCCAGUUCUGCUCAUGUGCAUUCAACGGAUUUCUAGUGUGGGCGAGCCAUGUUACUCUCCAAGAUUUUAAAAUAUAUCAGAGCUCCCUCUGGACUUCCUCUUGGCUUGUCUGCUUCUGUCAACUGACCUCUGUGUUACACGUCCUUCAUGAUAAGAUGGCUAUUCCUCCUGAUCCGUCCUGUCUCUGUCGAUCGCUCAGCCCUCUCACGGUACAACUGAACAUAGCCGAGGCUGCGUAACCCACCGCUGAUUUGAGAUGGGGUUUCGCUAUCGCUAUACUUCUUGUUACACAUUUCAUUAGGACAACGAACCAAUGUCCAAACAUGUGUAGGGUUUUUCCUUUAUUGAAGUUCCUGCAACACAGUCACACGUCACUCGUCUGCAGGUUCAUCCUCGCUAAUGAGUUUUUCCGCAGCCGAUGCGAGGGUUUAGGGCAGAGGAUGUUGCCAUGCUGCCAUGAGCUCGGUGCUCCCCCCGGUGGUUGAUGGACUGAUGGACUGACGUGACGAUGAUUUUUGUUGCAUGUAUCCUGCUGUGUAUUUAUGAAAUUAUUCAUUUGUGCCUGUCUGUGAUCUUCAUGUUGUCUGUGAUUUGGAUGUCAUGUGUCCAGGUCUGAGAGAACAGAUAUUUCAUCCAUGCUAUAUGUCUUGCACUGGAGCAUAUUUGACAAUAAAGCUA